CACACCUGCUCAACAACAACGACUUCAGACCUCCGCCAGCUGACCUCAGCCUGUUACCAAAGUUCAGGUGCCUUCAGCGACUCCACAGCAUGCUGCCUGGGAGAGCGGCUGAUGUCCGGCUCUGCGUCCUGACGAGCCGCUGGCUGCCCGCAGCUCUGGCGCUGCUCCUCUUCCUCUCCUCCAGCCUCAGCUGCGCGCACAGCACCACUGUGGAGCACGACUUCCACAUUGUCCACAAUCUCGACAACAGAAGUCCAGAGAUAGACCCGUUCUGGUACGUGGGGCGCGGGGUGAGACCCAUCGGGCGCUUCGGGAAGAGGCACAGCAGUGUGGAGGCUCUGGGCAGCAGGGGGAUGCAGCCUGUUGUCAGGAUGUUGGAGCUGCUCUUCAACAGCCUCAGAAACAAGGAGAACCUCAAGAAAGUGUUGGAUGGCGAGGACAGGGAUUGGUUACCGUGA